AUGAUGAAGACUGAGCCCCCAUCGGCCACCGGGGGGAACGGGGCCUCGGCCGGGAGCGGCGGGAGCUCCAAUCUGCGGAGUCCCUCGCCUCACCGCAACGCCUAUGAGGCGGGGCUGGCCGCCCUGAAGAAAGCCACCGACCACCUCAACAAUGCCCCCAACGGAGGAGCCGAGCCCUCCUCCAAACCCCCCCUCCUGCCCCGUCCCACCGGGAGGGGCCGGAGGUACGGAUCCAAUGUCCACCGCAUCAAGAACAUGUUCAUGCAGAUGCAGUCUCCCGGUGACGAGGAGGAAGGAGCCAAAAUGAUAGGUAAAGACGAGACAAUUAAACUCUCCAUUCCAAGGGACUCUAACCUUAAUGACAAUGUUGACCACAGUGCCCCGCUGAAAGUCGGUGGCACCGUUUCUGAGAGGGUCAAUCGUUUUGACCCUAAAACAGAUGGAGAGGGAAGGGGCUCUUCUGCGGGUCUCUCCAAGCUUCAAGAGACCAGGCGGAUCUUUGAACAGCGGACUCUUCAGGAGAAGCAAGCUGCUACCAACCGCAUCUUGUUGAAGAAGGAGCGGGCAUCGGGCUUCCAGGACAGCCGCCUCGACGUUGUGGCUCGCUUUAAUGGCUCCACCGAAGCUCUCGAUCGACUGGACGAUCCUCCUGCUCCCGCUUUUGCCACUGUUCUUCCGGCUGCAGCUUCGGUUGGGCCUACCGAUGCUGUCAGCCCCACUGUGAGCCAACUCAGCGCUGUGUUUGAGAAGGGCGAACCGCAGAACAACGUCUACCUCCCGCAGCGUCGGUCGGCCCCCGCAUUGGCGCCGAAACCCAAACCUCCAGCUAGGGCGGAUGGGGCCGAGAAGAAGACAAAGGUGCCCCAUACGGGUGAGGAGGUAGCUACGAGCCACCUGUCCGCACAGCUACCGGAAGCAGCAGGUUCCCUACCGAAGGGUAUCGCGGGAAUGGUAACAAGCGAAGACAAGGACGGGUCGGGGCAGUCCGGAGACCAGCUCUCUAACUCCUCCUACUCUUCGGCCUCCUCGGUGACUGUCGGGUCCUCCUCGUCUUCAUCCGAGGCCAAACGAGACUCGGGUGGCCAGCCGGCAGAGGCUGAGCCGAGGGGCUCGGGUAUCGCGGCUUCCCCCGAGCUGGAGCCGCCAGCCAUAGAAGGGGACGCCUCAACACCGGCCGAAGGCCGGCUGGUCCAGGCCGAGGUCCACGCGUCACUGGAAAACGGGGAGGAAGGGUCUCCAUCGUCCUCUCCCUCCUCAGACGAGAAAGGAGCAAACUCCGAAGGAAAGGAAGAGGAGGAUAACGACGAUGACGGCUCACGGAGGGAGGAUUACUCGGAGGGGGAUCUGGUAGAUAUCAGCGCGUACAGCGGACUUGGGGAGGACGACUCUGGGGGAAGCCAGCUGGACGAUGACGAGGAUGAAGAAGAUGAGGAGGCAUAUCAGCCGGAGAGCAGUUGCUCUGAAAUCCCAGGCCUUCCCGAGGAAGAGGAGCCAGUGCCACCCAGUAGGAAGAUUCGUUUCAGCAUGGAGCCGAUAAGGGUCUUCACAACCUACUCCAACGAAGAUUACGACAGGCGCAACGAUGACGUGGACCCCAUGGCGGCCUCGGCCGAGUACGAGCUGGAGAAGAGGGUGGAGAAGCUGGACCUGUUCCCCGUCGAGCUGGAGAAAGACAAUGACGGCCUGGGUAUCAGCAUCAUUGGAAUGGGCGCAGGAGCCGAUAUGGGCCUGGAGAAACUGGGAAUCUUCGUUAAGACGGUCACAGAGGGUGGAGCCGCGCAGCGAGAUGGCAGGAUCCAGGUGAAUGAUUUGAUCGUGGAGGUUGAUGGGACGAGCCUGGUCGGCGUUACUCAGAGUUUUGCUGCCUCUGUCCUGCGCAACACCUCGGGCACCGUCAAGUUUGUGAUUGGCCGAGAAAAGCCAGGGGAGCAGAGUGAAGUGGCCCAGCUGAUCCAGCAGACUCUGGAGCAGGAAAGAUGGCAGAGGGAGAUGAUGGAGCAGAGAUACAAACAGUACAUGGAUGAAGAUGAAGAGACUGGCGAAUAUGCAACCGACGAGGAAGAGGAGAUGAGCCCAGUGUUUCCCAAUUCCAUUGAGGUCUUUGAUCUUGCCGAGAACCAGGAAAUGCUGUCGCCCGUGGAGCUGGACCCCGAGAAACUGGCCCACAAAUUCAAGGAGCUCCAGAUCAAACACGCGGUGACCCAGGCAGAGAUCCAGCUCCUGAAGAGGAAGCUGGCUCAUGCCGAGCAGGAUAAGCUGCGUUGGCGGAUGGAGCGUGCUCAGUUGGAGCAAAACAUCCGAGACAGUAAAGAGCGGAUGGAGAAACUCGAGGGCUACUGGAUGGAAGCGCAGUCCCUGUGUAAGGCUGUGGAUGAACACUUGAAGGAAACCCAGGCUCAGUACCAAACCUUAGAGAGGAAAUACAGCAAGGCCAAGAGGAUAAUCAAAGAAUACCAGCAGAAGGAGAUCGAAUUCCUUAAGAAAGAAACGGCUCAGCGUCAAGCAGAAGAAGAGAGCAAGGCAACACAUAAAGAGGAGACGGACAACCUGCAGGAAAAGAUUUCCAACUUGGAGACCAAAGUGGAUGCCUUGAAGACCCCCUAUCCAUCUUAGACUGCUGCUACUUCCAACCUCCUGUCUGUGACCGGAAGUGGAGACGUUCUGCCUUCAUUCCAACCAGGGCUGUAUUAUAUCCCAAUCAAAACACUCACAGCGCAGACAAGCGGAAAGCGAAAAUAUGUUCGAGGAAUACAUUGGUCGAAACAAAAAUAGAGGUAAAGACAGUGGCGUAUGAAGAGGAAAGAAGCAAUCUCUUGUUUGACACCACCCAACGGCUCAUACCUCUGUUGGUAGAAAACCAGUCCCACAGUGCGCCACCUGCAAUAUCCAGAAUCCUCCUAGUGUGUCUUCCUGUCAACCAGCUUGGCAAUCAAACACCGUAACCACAAUUGUGUACUCUAUUUAUCCAUCAUCCACUUUUAGUUUGUUUUCCUUUUUAUAUCUCCACCUCGACAGUUUCUGACCAGGUUCCAUUGCUCAUUCACCUUUAUUUUACAAAAAAAAGCGCUUUUAACCACCAGGCUCAUCACAAAGUGCUUUAUAGAGCGACAGAGGGCAUGAAUGCAGAAGAGAACAGAACAAAAGGACGGAUGAUUGUUGCUGCUUUUUAAUUAUUUAGCAUAUUUUUUUGGCGCUUUUUCGUUAUUUUUUCUGGUAGAACUUGGGCAGAGACUCGACAGGAUCCUUACAAAGAGGAUCAACUCUGAAAAGUGACCGCCUCGUUUUUGUUGGGGUUUUUUUUCUUUUCAUUUCAAAGUGAGAAGAGGAGUCUGGAAUGGGACGCAAAGUGGUCACCGAACAUAGCGAUGUAAUAAAAACAAUAGAAAAGGGGCAAAGUAUUCCUGGAGGAGAAACUGUGAAGUUGCAGAGAACCACAGAAACCCCCCCUGUCUGUGUUUUUAAUUUGUUCAGCCUUAGUCUUCAAGCAGUGGGAGGAAACAGGCAGAAUUCUUGCCUUUUAGGUCUGAACCACAAAGGCGCAUCAUGUGUAUAUAUAUUACUUUAUACGUUUAUUUAAAAGUGUUUAUAUUGCUUUCGUAAGUAGUGGAGAAUAAGGCAGUACAAUGAGUGACUGAUGGUGCCUCGUGGUGGAGGGAAUGGUUCCGAAUUCCCUAGUAUGUUUCAUCUCUUUUUUAUCAACAUCAAUGGCAAACAGGGUGUGAAUAGUCUAUUCUGUGCUUAUAGAGCUUGAAGUUGGUGUAUAUUCGUUGGUUUUUACUUCAAUAUCUGUGGGUUUACAUGCACACUAACCUCUGUUUAUUCAUGUAAUAUACUCUUGAGCUGGUGCAGGGACAUGUUGGUUUCAGGUUUUCAAAAUGUAUUGUUUUAAACUGAGUAUGCUAGCUUGAAUGCGUUGGUGUUCCUAUAGUGGGCAUAUACUUGAUCAUAUGUUUCACCUCUCGUCUUUGUUCUCAACGUAACUUAGUCCACAACUUAGGACUCAAACCAGAAUGUUGCUGUCAGGUUUCCAGGAUAUACGCAGAAGGUUUUGGAGAAAGUUAGCAUUUUGCUAAGUUUAAGAUCACAAUAACAGAAGGUAGAUACACAGAUAGUAUGUGAGGUCCCUAAACCAAGCACGGUGAAAGAAAUGACAGAGAAAUGAACGAUAAUAAACAUUGAAACGUCGAAGUUAAGCGCAUAUGAGUUUUAAUUUAAUUGAUGGAACUAGUCAAUAUCGAGUCAAUAUCCCUAACCAUUGUUAGAUGACCCAGAUUUUGAAUAUACUGUAAGAAUACAUUGGAUAAUGUUGUCUUUUUCUUUUUUUUUUAAAUAUCAAAUAAUAUAUUAUGCAUG